AUGAAGCUUAACGUUGCCUAUCCGGCUAAUGGCACUCAAAAAUGCCUCGAAAUCGAUGAUGACCUCAAGCUUCGACCUUUCUACGACAAGCGCAUGGCUACCGAAAUGCCGGUUGAUUUCCUCGGUGACGAGUGGAAGGGUUACGUCGCCAAAAUCACGGGUGGAAACGACAAACAAGGUUUCCCAAUGAAGCAAGGCGUACUGACAAACGGACGUGUACGUCUUCUGUUGAGCAAGGGUGCCUGCUACAAUCCGCGCCGGAAGGGAACUAGGAAGAGGAAGAGCGUGCGCGGAUGCAUUGUUGAUAGCAAUCUCAGCGUUUUGAAUUUAGUUCUUGUCCGAAAAGGCGAGGGCGAUAUUCCCGGGCUCACAGACGUCGUAUUGCCAAGAAGAUUGGGCCCUAAGCGAGCAUCAAGGAUACGAAAGCUCUUCAACUUGAGCAAGGAGGAUGACGUUCGCAAGAAGGCCCGUACCAAGGCUCCCAAGAUUCAGCGGCUCACGACACCUAUCCGCCUCCAGAGAAAGCGAAGGCAUCGUGCUCUUAAGCAGCGGCGUAUUGCCAUUCGCAAGCAACUGGAAACGGACUAUGCCAAGCUUAUUUCCAUCCGACGGAAACAAGCUCGUGAUGAGAGGAGACGUUCUCGCAGUCGCUCCCUACGUGAAUCCAAGACUACUUCUCAGAAUUGA